AUGAUUCAUUUAGCAUUGCAUUUUGCAAUUUUCCUGAAUGAUGUGGAUUCUGAUCAAAUGCUGAACACACCUAAAAAACAAUUUUAUAAAUUACUUAAUGGAACAAAUAAUAACACAGAAGAUCUUCUUCUUCAAGUGGACAAUGGCAAUCAAUUUGAAUUCGAGAGUUUCAUCUUUGAGUACAUCACUUUGUUAAAUUAUUCAAUUGAUGAUUCUAAAGAGUAG